AUGUCGAAAACGACGAAAACUCUAUUCUCUAAUAUUGAGGAUGAGCUGUUAGUUGAAGAAGUUAGUAAAAACAGUGUGUUAUAUGACAGUUCGCACGAGAAUCAUAAAGAUAUAAAUGUCAAAGAUGUUAUUUGGAAUAAUAUUUCUUCCGUUGUUGGGCAAUGUACUGAAGACUGCAAAAAACGUUGGCGAAAUAUACGUGAUACGUACAUGAGAAAUAAAAAAAAACUUGGGACUGGGUCGUCAGCAUUAUCAAAAAAGAAAUGGGCUUUGGCUGACAAUUUAACAUUCCUAAACAACGUAGAAUACGAAAGAAGGUAA